AUGCCUCGGACCGCUCAAAAAAACGGCCGUAAUCGGGCAGCAGCCCGUCGUUCCCCCAAGCACCAGAGCCGUGCCAAACCGCAGGAUGAAGAGGAGGAGAACGCCGAGGCGACUCGUCUCGACGCCGUUCCGAAAGGGAAGCCCAAGGACACGAAGAGGAAGACCUCGGAGGCACAGCAGCGACAAGGCCCGGAUAGCAAGCGGCGAGAGACUACAGCGGAGCAAGACUCGAAUGCGUUGAUCAGCUCGUUCCAGGUCGCUCAGGGAUCUACAUCUCCUCCCGCUCAACACGCCGGAGAAGUGUCUCCGGGUCCGUCGACACGUCCCAUACAGCCAAUUAUGCUUGGACAAUGGGCUGAAGCAACACACAUCGAUCCUCCAAAGGACGACCGGUCAGGCCUUUCUAUCCAGCACCGCCGAGCCGUUCAGCGUAGCCUACAAACUGCUUCCCAAGCGCCGGUGCCUCGAACAUCGACUUCCUCGCUAUCACUGGCACUGUGCGACCCGGCGUACCCCCAGCAGUCCAAGCCAUCCGGUAGUAUCCCAGAGCAGGCGGCGCCAACUUGGUCGGCUUCGAAAUCCCCCGGAGACAUCACGCCACCGUUCCCGACCUCGACCAACCAGCUCGAAACGACGCACGAAGGUUCCCUGCUGAGAGGCCCACAGCCCAACCCUUUCCUAUCGCAGCCUGUGGCAAGGACGCACCCAUCGCCGUCGCGGCGAGCUCCUGAGCAGAUGGAACACAUGAUGGAGAGGCAGCGCAUGCUGCGCCAGCGGCACGUCGACAGGGACGACCCGCGACUCCGGCAGCCGCAGUUCGACACGGGACCUAUCCCGUUCUUGGGGUCGCCUACUCAAAGCAUUGCAAGCAGCAGCGGCGGCUUGACUCAGGCUGGCAGGUUCGUAGCGGUUCCAAUGGGGACAGGUCUGUACAGAGAGAAUAAGCCGACUCCGUCUUGGGUUCUUCAGCAAAGGGCAAGCCUUGCUUCACUAAGCCCCGUCCCAAGGCCAGGGUACCUGUCUCCGCGGAUCGCGGGCUCUGAGAAUCGGCGCUCAGGCAUAGGGAGUGCGGUGCGCCUCGUGCAGACGGACACGAAUAGCCAGCAGUUCAGAUCGGGCGAGACGUUGUGGCCUGGAGAACCUCCGGCCUCCAUGGCGCAGCCAUUCAACCAAGCACAAUACUCUUCAGGCGACGGGUCAGGAUGGGUGAACGAGCUACGCCGUCGCGAAGCUGCCGCGCGAGAGAUUCAAUGGGACUGCACGCCAGUCGCAAGCACUUCUGCUUCCGUAGAAACUACGAGCGCGGACACGCCGAGUGGUGAAAGCGGUGACGGAUCUGUGCAAGAGUGGACUCAGCGGGCCAGGACCCCAAUCGCGAACACGGGGCACGCGGACUAUUUUGAGCACUUCAUGAAUGCGCUGAUCGAGUAUGAGCAGACAAGCGGGAAAACAGUUUCGCCCGGAGGACUUCAGUACUCGGGCACCAUGGAGCAGCCACCGCCCCAAACAUCGUACUUCGCGCAGGACGUGGGUUCAUCGCAGAGCGACAUGGGCACUCACAGCGACUCUGCAAAAGAGACGCAAUGGGCUGAGACGCCAGGCGCAAGCUUCGCUCCCGCCCUCGCAGGCUCAAACAACCUGGCACUGGACGCCCACAUGCCGACACCGUCGUGCUUGAUACUGGAACCAUCGUCUUCGUCCUUGGACCCAAGCCAGAGCUUGGGCACUGACAUCACACUUGCCUCGGUCCAAGAAGCAUUCGCGCGCAGAAGGGCGUGGAAGCCGGAAGCGGACAUGUUCGCGGGCCACUGCUGGCUAGGAUUUGUGGGGGAGGAUGGGUUCAUCCGCUCGUUCGACCCCCCACGGCCUUGCGACGGCACGUGCGAGAGUCAUCGUAUCCUGAAGCAGGGGCUGGGGGAAUACCGUUGA